UCUCGACGCCGAAAUGUUUCUGAAGCGGUCACUUUGGACGAUGUAUUUCUUUGCCAUUUUGAAUGCGGAUGCGGUGGACGUGUCGGACAAGGCGGAUCCGCAUAUUGUUCAGAAGGUAGUGCUCAGCGGCGUAAACGUUACUUGUCGAUGUCCCUUCCCCUUCAAUCUAAAUCUGUCAAAGAUCAGCGUUUACUGGUGGAGAGAUGGAAACAAGACCUUUCUGAAGGAAGACAGCAAAAAAUUGUUCAGUAUAAAGGCAGGCGGCGCCUACCUUCACCUUCUGAAUGUCACGGUCGCGGACUCUGGAACGUAUUAUUGUGUCGCUAAACAAGCGGGACAAACGGUUGGAAAGGGAACGGGAGAGCAAGUUAUCGUCCAUGUUGCCCCCUCUCCUCUGAAGAUUGUCUCUAUCCGAUCGGGAAAGCCUUCACCUGCUUCCCUGAGACUCCAAUGCAGGACGGCGGCCUUUUAUCCGAAAGAAUUUACCCUCACCUGGCAUAAAAAUGGUACCGAAAUCCAAUCUGGAAUUAGACAUCAACAAAAUGUAACAUCGGAGGGAUUAUACGAAGUUAUCAGUUCUUUAGAGGAGACCGAGCCAAUCAAAUCAGGCAUGGUUUACACAUGUCAGGUCCAUCACAUUUCUCAACUAAUUCCAGCAACGGCCAACUACACAGUUCCUAAAGAAGCUGUUUAUUCUGCGGUCGGCCUUGGUUGGAUUGUGCGGGGUGCCGUGGCUGCGACUCUAAUUCAAGUGUGGGCUGUAAUCAUUUAUUUCGUUUGCAAGGGUAAUACGAAGGACAGCCGGGCUGCUGGAAAACGCGGAACUUCAUUACGGCCAGCCGUGAGCAGCAAACUGGGAACUGCGGUGGGAUCUCAGCAGCAGAGGCCGUAACGACCCUCAGGCGUGGAAGCUUGGAAUAAGCCUGUCCCUGGCCUGACCGGGAAGUUUCACGUAAAUGCCGUCACUAGUGGCUAACUUACCAAAUCGGUGCCUGAUUAACGUGGAUUUCAAUGCCAUGAAUGUAACAUCUUGCAUAUUCUUCAGUAAAACACGAUUUAAGUCAGCUAAGCGUGACUUAAGCUCCGCACUGUGUCAGCUAAACUUUGCCGAUUUAAUCGUGAUAUUUUGCUAGUUGUAUUCUUUCGAUUUUUCUCAGUGCGUUUUGAAUUUCAGGCCUGGAGCUGAAACACAUACCACUGGAUUGAGAGAUCGUUAAAUGACACAGUAACCGAGUACUUACUCAAUGCGUGGAUGGAGUCAUGGUGAUACCUUGUCCUGGGACUGGUCUUCGUGGCUUCUAAGGGCGUGUUCAGUGGAAUCCAAUAAAACACAUCCCCACACACUUAGGGGGCAGAUGUGAUCGUGAGUAACAGUCCGCCAACCAGCAGAAUAUCUCAAUUUUUACCAUUUAAGGAUGAGAGACGUUAUUUUCUUUAAGCUAAUUUUUAUUCUGGAUAAACCAAAUAUCAUUGUGACCCCUGAACCGCGAAGCCUGAGAACGAAAUCUGUCUUUCAUUUGAUGUAAAAAUGAUCCAAUUGUCCAAUAAA